AUGAUGACAUCCCCGCUGUCGCACGCGCUCUUCAGUGGUGCGACUGCUGUGCCAGGAUCGGGUCUUUUUACCAUUACAGGCUUCUUUAUGGCGGCGUUUCUCUUCCUGCCGUGGUCGACGCAUAAACGGCAGCUCAUUUUUAUGAUAGCCGCCUUUCUGCUUGUGAUGGGCUUUGCGAUAUUGUAUUGGUGGUUGUCUCGGCAGAGUUCACCAACGGUGCAGCUGCAGAAUGAGGAUGCAGUGAACCAGGCUAUUUUUCAAGAUGACGGUGGUCUCUCUUUACAGAACCAUAGAGGCAUCAACGCCCAAGACCGGCAACAUGAACAAGGGGAGGAACACUCGCGACGUAUGCAGUUACUUUCUCACGGAUCAGCUGGAUACUGUUCCUCAGCGUCCCCAUGCUACAUGCGCUGGCACAGAGCUCUCCCGGCGAUUGAGUUGUGCAUUUUGGGUAUUCUUGUAAUUGUUUCCCCACACGUGAUGGUGAUAAACGAGGAUAGUGUAGACAAUAUUGUGGUGAGUAGUGAGCGGAUCUCUGCAGCGCAGCGCAGAUACCCUGUGUCCAAUGUCUGGAAGGUGAGUUUCCUUCAUGCUUGGUUUCUUUUUGCGUUUAAUAUUCCCUUGGCCGCUGGCCUUGCCAUUGGAUUGGUGCACUUUGCGGUGCUGAUGACGCACUUUAGACACCUGGGUUUUGGAAGCAUGGCGACGUCGCUGCUGUGGCUUCUGAUUCCGCUUUGUUGCAUCCCUGUCGUUGCGGUGCAACAUCGUCGACGACGUUUGCGGCAGCGACUGACCGCAGGUAUGCUCAACACGGGUGGUGACGCGCUCUCCUCCGCGCCUCAUGCGAGUAGUCAUGUGGUUUAUAAUGAAUACAGCCCGAUGGAGGCCUUGCCUUCCCCACAGUAUGCGGUGAGGCAGGAGGGCACAUCGAGUGUGUCGCACCGCCAGGGAUUGAGGGUGUCUCCCUCCAUGCGGCCUGAGCAUUUUUUUUCUACCACCUCUGCAUUGCUGCCGUCACUUCACUGGAGGAAUCACUCUGCCGCAGACGACAUACUGGUCAAAGAACCACUUGACUCACUUGUAACGCGGCAUGACGGCAGCAGUAUUGCUUCUACUUGUGGGAUUCAACCACCAUAUCUUUUGCUUAGUCCAAGUGGUGGGGUCAUUCUUGGCGCUAGUGAGAGUUUUGCGGCUCAUGUCGGGAUGACGGUUGAGCGCCUUGUUGGCCAAACGUUUAUGUCUGUUUUGGGGUGGUUAGAGGUGGAGAACCGGGAGGCAUUGGAGGAGGUUGUUCAAAAAGUCACCGCCUUCUCGCACAACAGCAUCGUUGCUGCAAGGGAUGACGGAGACGGGGCAGAUUGUCGCCUAGGCCCUGGGUGUGUGGAUCGACGCUCGUUGCAAACGGGGUUGCGGGUGGAGGCGGAGACGGUCGUGGAAUCUCAAGGAGGCGAGUAUUCAACAGUGCAGGGCGGCCAGUCUUUGCCGCGCAUGGGUGACGGUACGGUGCGGCGUAUUUUGCUUCGAGGGCGCUGUCCGUGCCGCUCUUCCUCCACCGUAGUCUCACCACUGGUGGGGGACCAGGAAGUUUCUGCGCGAAUCCAUGCAGACGGUAAGGACGACGAGUUUUUUACCGUAGAACAUAGUUUUGGAGGCGGCGAGUAUUUUUGCCUCUCGCUAGAUGUGUGGAUGUGCCCUCGACAGGACUCCACCGGCGGCUUUCUUGUUCUUUGCCAGCCUCGCCUUCACUGCGUGCUGGAUUGGACGCCAUUGGCAUGUUUUUUGGUGCACCCAGUCACAGGCUGCGUGCUGUACUGGAGUCGUGAGGCGGAGCGGCAAACAGAGAGGCUGGCGUAUGAGAUGUUGGGGUGGCAGUCACAGGCCAUCCCCACUCCACACUCCACGGGCUUCGGGAGUCGUCACCACGAUAUAAAGUACGAUAACAUGGGGGGAAAAAAAGAAACAAGACGGCGAGGGACGCGGUUGGAGCCAUCUUUACAAGCAAUCCUUCAGUUACCGUUCCCUCCAGCUCUCUCUUUGUCUGUGACACUUCAACCACUUGCUGGGAAGUUUGUGGAAGAAGAAGAGGUGGCUUUGGAAGGCGCUGUGGCAGGUCUUCUGUGGCCUCCACUGCACUCUUUAACUCAGAGGAAUACACAUACUGCCUCGGAUAGCCGCAGGGCGGCAAGCUACCCACCUGAUGCGAGAGGAAGUUGCUGGCACAGGCCUUGUGUGGGUGAUGUGGAUGGGAACAAGACUCCAUUUCCGCAUCUACAUUUACCUGAAAAACCACUGAACAAUUUUGGCAGCCCGGUCCAGGAGAAAACAGGGUGGUGCUUUGCCUCGCUGGCGAGUGCUCGGGAAGACGCUUCUACAUGGCUCUCUGCAAAGGUGCCGCUGCUGUUCACUAUACACAGUGAGGUGAGCAUGCCUUUUGGCAGCUCCACGCUAGAGCCUUGCGUGGAGCCGGGGCAUGACAGUAUGCAUGCCUCUGCUGGAAGUCUGCCUGAGCACCAGACCGUUUUGGAGAACUUAACUCACCAGGUUGUGUGUGAGAUGUUGCCCGCUUCAUCAACAGGGGAGAAUGGGGUAGAGAAGAAUGUCUGCGGGAUGCCGCCGCAGGGAGAUGGAUCCAACCAGGACACGAACCGACAGCCAUCUAACGGAGUGUCGCUUCGAAGAGGAAGCUUGACUACGCAUGCACUGCAGCAUACUGAAUCUGAAGGUCUACAACGAAACAUCUGCAAUGAGGAUGAGAAGGACCCCGACGCCAAAGUCACGAGGGAUGAAGCGCCUCUGAAAUUGCCGCAGCUCUCAACACGCGCUGCUAUUGGGUCUACACUGACUCCAGCGUCGUUGCAAGCAUCCCUGCGCACUAGCCAACAUGUUUCACCUAUCCUCAGCAAUGCGCGAAAGGCGACGUGUGUGGAACCCAAUCUUUCCGGUGCGUGUGGAGGCGGCAGUGACGCAAAUAGUGACAAUUGUGACUAUAGCAGCAAACAACGUGGAAAGCGCGACAGUGACAGUAGGGGAUGCACGGCACUCACACCAUUGGAUGGGCGGAGUUCCAGCAAAUUGAGAGAUGUGCAGGUGCCACGACUUAUCAGUCCGCUGCCACGAGAGCACCCAACGAGUACACGAGGAAAUAUUGAGGAGGCCUGUAGUGAAACGGUGCUCUUUGGAAAGCAGCUUGGCUACAAUCCCCAACAGUAUCCCCAGCAACCGUCCUAUCCGCAACAACCUAAGCCUUCGCUGCUUUCACCUCAGCCCUUGGCGAUCUUCCCUGCAUUGUCAUCCGCAGCAGGGUCGACCGCCCUGAGUGAUUUUGCUACCACCCCGAUCUCUAACGUGAAUACUACCAAUGAGGGGUACCCGAUAUGGGCAAUGCUAAGGAGUGGCGACGAGGCAACUAUUCCCUCUUGCGUUAUCCGUGUGCCCCCUGGAGAGGGCUUCCUCUUUGGCCGCAGUAGCCAAUGCCACGCCACUACCGUGGAUGGGUUUGUUAGUGGCAUCCAGUUCAAGAUUGUUCGGCAACUCGGCUCGGAGCUUCAGUUGUUGCAACCCACCAGUCCGCGGGAUUCGAGUCAUCCCAAUCUCUUAACGAAUCCUACGCACACGUCGACUUUCUCCGGGCCUCAUCCGACUUCCGCUGCACCAGGAAAUUGGAUCUUCGUCCUGUACGAUCAAAGUGUCAAUGGCACCUUCGUCAAUGUGAGGAAGGUAGGUAAUGGGAAGUGUGUAAACUUGCGUGAUCACGAUCUCAUUACGUUCAGACUGAGCUCCUCACGAUUCUUCUUGGGAUUUCAGUUUCUACUCACAAAUGAACAAGGGACACCGCUCUCGGAGCGGGCGGAUGUGCCGGCGAAGUCCUCUGGCAUGAACUCGUCAGCCGUAUUGAAAGGGGCACGGCCGCUGCGUCACCGCACCUCCUCUGAAACUGGAAGUUUCUUCGCGGCAUGUAACAGUCAACUGGGCGGUGGGGCGCAGAGCAAAAGCAACGGCGGUAGUAGUAGUCGACGACCCGCGUCGGCGACAAGAAGCCGCAGCAGCCGAGCCGGGGCUGCAGUGCAGCAUCGUGAGACGAUUGAAUGGAAAAUCGGUGAGGAGCUUCUUGGUAAAGGGGGAAACGCUGAGGUGUUCCUUGGCAUGAACAUGACCAACGGAAAACUCAUCGCAGUUAAGCGCGUUCCGCUGCCCACCACCGCGUCCGAAGACCCAAAUCACAAGGAGGGGCUCAAACAAUACAUAAGUCUGCAGGAGGAGAUUAAAGUUCUCUCCAAAGCCAUACACCCAAACAUUGUGCAGUACUUUGGGUCCUCGCAGAACCUGCAGUACUUUAAUAUUCUUCUUGAGUUUGUGCCUGGGGGAUCUUUGCGUCAUUUGCUCGAUAACUUUGGGGCCCUCAGCCCGGGGGUGAUAUGCUCCUACCUGCGGCAAACACUGGAGGGCCUGCACUACCUGCACCAACACAACUUGGUGCACUCCGACGUAAAGGCAGCGAACAUACUCGUCACGGAGAAGGGCCGUGUGAAGCUGUCCGACUUUGGUACAGCGAAGCUUCUCAACAGGCAACAUAGUCAGUCGGUGGAUCGGGAUGGCAAAGCGGAGAUUGUUGAUGGCAGUGACACCGCAACCUUUCGGCUCGCGGGCACGCUGCGGUGGAUGGCGCCAGAGUUACUCCGCGGUGGCGCUGGACCUACAAAGGCGAGUGACAUUUGGUCUGUUGGCUGCACCUUAAUCGAGAUGCUUUCAACUGAGGCUCCUUGGAGUGAGUACGACUUCGAGAGCGAGGAGCAGCUCAUGAAUCUACUCAAGUACACCACCGAACCUCCAGAGGUGCCGGAGUGCGUUGAGCUUCCCGAACUAACAUCCAUUGCAAGGCGGUGUCUGACGUUUGACGCAGACAGCCGUCCAACGUGUGCGGAGCUGCUGCAGUUGGUUCUGGAGGCAGCGAAGCGGUACCAGGAGCAGCAGGCGCAACUCUCAUCACCGGCGGAUGUGUCCCGUGUUCCACCAGCCACCACCACCUCUGCGGCCCUUCCUUCUGGUGAGGGGGCGGUGGUGGGUGCUUCUGUGCGGCUGAAUAGCAAGCAUGAGGGGAGGCCGCAGCAUCGCGACCCGCAGGAGGCGACAGAUGUGACCGUCUCGAAGGGUCGGGAGUGA